AUGGUUUUUAAAGUAAUCGAUAUUCUGGGCGGCAUUACCGGCGGAAUCGCCUCGACUCUUGUCGGACAACCGCUGGACACGGUGAAAACGAACAUGCAAUUAUAUCCCAACUCACACAAAAACAUUUUCUCUUCAUUGUACAUGACUGGCCGACACCAGGGCAUCCGAGGUCUGUAUGCCGGUUGUGUGCCGGCUCUGUUAGCGAACUCUGCUGAAAACGCGGUUAUGUUCGCUUCGUACGGUCAUCCUCAAAGUUUGGCGACAUGCGUUGUUGGGAAGGGCAAAAACCACAAUAUGUUUGCCAGAAGCGUUGAAUCGGUUAGUAUAAACGUCGUUCGUUGAAUACCUACAGUUACAAAAGUUAUGUCGUUAAUUUAUAUACCGGAUCAUAUAAAUAAUUUCAAUACGAUAAAAAUUGUUACUAAGAAGUUAUCACCUACAUGCAUAUACGCUGCGAAAUGCGAAUAUAUCUAUUUUCGUUAACAAAAUUUAAUUACAUCUUUUCAGCUAUUUACCUCGCUGGUACUUUGUCCUAUCGAGUUAGUUAAAAUUCGAAUGCAGGGAUACGAAGUCUUUAAAGAAGUACGUCCAAAACAGCCAUCAAUAAAGUCGGUAGUAAAACAAACACUAAAGGCCAAUGGAUUUAGAGGUCUAUACCGUGGGCUGGAAUGCACAUUAUUAAGGGAAUUUGUCGGUAAAACGUUGUUCUUCGGAUUGUAUGAACUGUGUCAGAAAUUUUUGGAUCCAACCGGUGGACGAAAAGAAAAAUCUGAUCUGUUAGCUUCAGCGGCGUCCGGAUCAAUAGCCGGCCUAGGUAUGUGGCUCGUGGCAUAUCCGAUAGACGUGGUGAAAUCGCGUGUCCAAAUGUCCGAAACACGAACCGGGUGGCCGUUGAUCCGUAGAGAAAUCCAAAGAGCGGGAUUUCGUGGACUUUACUCGGGAUUAUGGCCCACGCUUAUCAAAAUGAUAUCGGUCACUGGUAUGUUUGUGUUAAGUGAAGAAUUUUCGAAAUCGAACUACCGGAAAACCUUGUUAGAUAUGAAGAAUUUAAUCGAUCCGGAAAACAAAUUUUUUUCGAGCUGCGAUUUUCUAUCUGGAUGGUCGACAGGUUAGAACAUAAAUUCGAAGUAGAGAACAAAAAAACCGUAAUAGAUCGGAUUCGUAUUUUUAUUUAUAGGAGUUGUUGCUACGUGUAUUGGCUAUCCGAUGGAUACGAUUAGAGUCGUACAACAAGUGACCAACGUUGGGGCAAUCAAAUCUAUGCAAUACGUUUAUAACGAACAAAGGGUAAUAGAUUAA